AUGGCGAAUUACCAGAAGUGCCUUUAUUGCUUUAAUGCCCUGAAGUUAAAAAAGGUGCCGCUUAGGGCACGGCACCAGGCCUAUCCAUUCAACCCGGAAGGCUAUCCAGCACCACCAGGCUAUUCAGCACCACCAGGCUAUUCAGCACUACCAGGCUAUCCAGCCAACCCGGAAAGCUAUCCACCACUACCAGGCUACCCACCACAACAGCAUCAAGUACCACCAGGCUACCCAGCACCACCAUGCUAUCUAGCACCACCAGGCUAUCGAGCACAAACAGGCUAUCCAGCAUCACCAGGUUAUCAAGCACCACAGCUAGGUUAUCCGGCCUCAGCCCCUCCGGCAACAACCCACCAGGACGCAGCCCCUACUGUCCACGUAGAACCCCCAGGCCCGGUGGCUCCUCAAGAUCAGUAG